ACGGAGCAGCGAUACGUGCGCUUGGGUGCUGAACUGAAAGCACCGAAAGUCGCGUUGUGAUAUCGUGGUUUGCUGUUGAAUUGAGUCAACACAUCGGCCGCUUCAUUCUGUGUUUACGUCGUUACAUGUACUCUAGUAGACCACGGGCCUCUGUCUCCCGAAAAACUAUGCAGCGAUUAGGCAAUCGCGUGUGACUCCAUGCGAGCAGCCAACGUCCAUCAUGUGAAACGAAAUAGUACGUCGUCGUCUUGCGCUGCUGCUUCCUCAUCAGAAGCACGAUUCUGCAAGCACUCUCAAAAUGCGGGUACGCUAAACGCGACCAUAUCCGACGUCGGGAAUCAUGGAAGAUUACAAGUUUCUAUUUAAAGUCGUGCUAAUAGGUAACGCUGGUGUUGGGAAGACAUGCCUUGUCCGGAGAUUUACGCAGGGUCUAUUUCCUCCGGGUCAGGGGGCCACCAUUGGUGUCGACUUUCUCAUCAAAACUGUCGAAGUGGACGGCGAGAAAGUGAAAUUGCAGAUAUGGGACACAGCAGGACAGGAACGUUUUCGUUCAAUCACCCAAAGCUACUACCGUAGUGCACAUGCUCUCAUUCUCGUCUACGACAUCAGCUGCCAGCCAACGUUUGACUGUUUGCCUGACUGGUUAAGAGAAAUAGAACAGUAUGCCAGCCCCAAAGUCCUGCGGGCAUUAGUAGGGAACAAGAUUGACCGUGAAGACCGGGAGAUACCAACGCACAUUGGUGAGGAGUUUGCUCGUCGGAGUGACAUGUACUUUGUGGAGACAUCGGCCAAGGAGGCUGACAACGUGGACAAGCUGUUCACUGAGAUCGCUGUGCGCCUGACAGCCGAAGCAAAGGCCACUCACGCCCGAUACUCUGGACGGCCGUCAACUACUGGCGAUUCAUUGCCGGAUUUGAAAGAAGCUGCAGGAGACAAAGGGGACCAUGCUUGCUGCCGUAUGUUAUGAACAUCCCAUGUCACACACGCACCCGGUGUGCUGGAACCGCCCUGGUGUUGGGGCACGUAGUUCCACUUGCUCGACAGUGGUUUGGCACCUGUGUAUGUUGGAGGCUCUCAAAUGACUGCAGUAGGGAUGUGUAUAGGGUAGCCACUUUCCGGUGUCAAGUUGUAAGUCAUUUUACCUAAGCUUGGACACAUCACUCCUAGGAGUGUCAUUGAAGAGAUCUACACAGGAGUCUAGAAUCUGUUGGGUGGUUCAAAAAAACCUUGCAUUUCAGUUUUCAUGAAAUGUUAGGGUCAGGCACUCAUUUGCUUACCUAUGAAUUACUGACAGUCUUAAGAUUUACAGUUUCAAAGGACCAUUAAAAUGACUUUUUUUUUUCUGGUCAUUCAGGAAUAGUCACUAAAGUUCUAGCUUAUCUUGGUGAAACUGAAAAAGAGCCAUUGUAGUACCUUUUAUUCUUCUUUGAACUGACACCUAGAUUUCCUUUAGUAACCAAAUGAGGGAGACAAAUGCCUCGCUGGUCAUUGGACAGCCUCCUUCAGCAUGUGUUGCCACUAGUCUCUCCUGAGGUUGGGACUAUGCUGCCACAACUCUCCCAUUUUGCUAGUGCUGCCGCCCGUCUGUUUUUGCUCUUUAUGUGUGCACUCAUUGCGAUAUCGAAAGUGUGUAAGUAGUGUCGUAGGCGUUUUAAAGUCGACAAAGGAUUCUUGUCGGCCUGCUUCCAUUUUUACCCUUUGCUGUAGACUCCCCCAUGAGGCUUUCAUGGUGCCAGCUCUUUAGUUUUGAUCAUCAAGGAUCCUUUAUUUCAGUCUCUGAAGAACAGGCGAUCCUGUAACGUCGACUUGCUGCAUUCAAAUCCCUACAGCAAUUUUCUGCUUUGAGCACUAGUUUGUUUACUUUUGCUGGCUUGAUUGUAAUGAAGGCAUCAUUGCGAUGAAGGAAUUUGAGAAAGUGGUCACUUAAUUGAAUGACAGUUUACUCUUUUGGCAUCACAUUGUCAGUGUAGUGUAGCUACCUGACCUGCUUUCAGCACCUUCGUAUUUCCCUUGUUAGCAUUUGACAUCGUGUCACAUUAGUUCUUGUUACUCUAACAUUUACGCCCACAAUAUCUGUGCUUUGACCUGCUAUCACCAUCGUAAGUUAGGUAAGACGCUGGCUUUUUUUUUUUUUUUUUGGUUUGUGUUGAAUGAAGGAACUUAAAGAUCAAUAUGAAAGUUGAAGCCAGUUUACUUGUUUCAAAAUGUGGAUGAAAAAAAAAAAAGGAGAGAGAGAGAGGCAAAGGAUGUAGCGCAGUGCUGUAUCUGUUGAUUCUUUUUCUCUUGUUGUUGUCACUCUUUCAGUUAUCAUUUCAAGAUCAAAUCAGCACUCAUUGUUGAUUGACCAGUUGUGCAUUAUAUCUUGGUUGUGUAUGCAUCACAGGCCCAAACACAUCAAAAUCAUGUGGGCUGGUGCACUCAGAACCCCACCAUGUUGGGGAGAACUCAUGAGAGGAUCUGAUGACUAUAAUUUCCCGAUUUAUUUGGCAGCUUUAAGCUUCAUUAUUGCAUUGACAUGACUCUAUAUCAAAGGUUGUGUGUUUUCUUGUUUGUUUCUUUGUUUUGGGGGCCUGGGUUUUAUUUUGUAUUUUUAAAGAUUUGUGGCUGCUCUGAAAAGCCUUGAUUUCACCAAUGAACUUAGUGCUUUUGAGCUGCUAUCAAUCAGUACACACACACACACACAUUUUAUGACUUGUUGUUUAGUUUGUUGGCUGCUUGAGUAAUCGCUACCUUUACCUAUUUAGACAAAACUGCUCAGUUUAUCACUUAGGUUGUUGCAUUGAGAGCAUGCUGGAGAUGCAGAGUGUGCACAAAUGUGUAGUCCCUUAACAGCUCUGCUGUUGAUUUUCACACCUGCAUAGUUUUGUGCUUUUCUAUGAUGACUGUCCUCGAGGAACAUGCGGAAGGUUGAUGGACACACUUGAAAAAGGCAUUUCAAAGUUCGAAAGAGAUGGGAACUCUGCCAAACACUCCUGAGCCAAGGUACAGCAUUGAGGGAUUCUGCAGGGUUUUUUUCUUUAGUGGCUCCUAAUGAGCUGAUCAGUAGGAACAGAACGUCCAUACUUUUACUGAGUAAUAGAUGGAAGAGUGCGAGAGAGUGUGAAGGAACUGUGCCUGUAUAAUGUUGACAUUUUUCUUUACAUUUCGAAAAGAAGACCACUUUUAGGUCAAUCAAAAAUAGAGCUUUUCUUCUUGUGGUAGUCAUGAGCUGUAAACAGUGAAGGUUUGCAUUUUCCCGAGACAUUGCUCGACAGAGUUAGCAAAGCACUGCUUACCAUCCGCUCCACUGAGAUUUUCCAGACCUAGGCAGUACAGGGACUGCAUGGUUAUCCCUUUUUUCGUAAGUGCUACCAGCUUAGCUGCCGCACCACGAAGGAUUAAAAUAGAUUCACCAUCAUGCUCUACUGAAUCGGCUUUGUUGCGGAGCAACAGAUGCAUUCAGCAUUCUGCUGCUCACACAACUGUUGCAUGCCCAUGCGUUAGCAGUUCUGCUACGCGUUUGUACGGAAAUUGCUAGCAUAUGCCAGUCUAACCGGAGCAAACUGUGUGAGCACUCUGCUAAAUCUCUUGCAUUGCCGAUGAAAUAACACCACAGCUUGAUUGUGUUAUGAAACAGGAAGUAUUGCACUAUAAAUUCCUUAUUUGCCUUAAUCUCAGUUUAACCUCCUGAGACAUUGCAUUCAAUUUUUUUCAAAAGGAACUUACAAACAGUUGCAUGAAAUACUCUUCCUGCAUGUUAACUAAGGUGCAUAUGAUGAAAUGUGCGGAAGCAGUUCAGUCACAGUGUUGAGAUAGUCUUAUCCGAAAAUUGACCCUAACUUGAUCUAAACCACUCGUUGCACAUGACCCAAACCAAACCUGGAUCUUGCUUCGAAUGCUGCUAGGUACAUGAAAAUCCAGGACUCAGCAUCAACAUGGCAACCCUACAAAUGAUGAUGCACCCUCAUCUCUGUUUAAAGAAAUAUAGAUUUUAUUUUAACGAGCACGAGGAAACUGUUACCUGCUCAAUGUGCAUGACAAUGCUGAAAAUGAGACUAUUGCACUCGAUAACACAGCAUUCAACGAGAAAAACUGGUUACUUAUCCCCAGUUUGUUUUUGGAGCUCAGGAGGUUAAUCAAUUAUUUGCAUCUUCACGCUUAUUAAUAAGCUGCUGCCUGCCAUGCAUUGCUGUGGUACUGCUGCUUAGAACUCAUUGUUAUAAUUCAUUAGUUAAGGCUGUGUAGAGUGUGAACUGUGCUUCUGUUUGCCAAGUGAGCUUGGCACUCGAGCAGAAUUAGUUUAUUAACGGUAACAAGACUUUGAACAUGACAGUCUGUGUGGCAGCUGUGAUAUCUUUUCUUUUUGUUGUGUUUGUCAGAAAAUAGGAAAUGAGCUACCAUGAUGGUAACUCAUGGCCUCAUUUUAAUUCUUUUAUGGUAAUUGUACCAUGCUCAGUGCUGUCAGUCCAAAACUGAAAGCUUGUUUGCUAUUGAGAUCAACCCUUACCUGCAAGCAGUCUGAGAGUCAUAAAUUUCUUUUUUUUUUUUUUUUUUUUUGGUGGACGUAUACUUACCCUAUUUUCCAAUGCACCAUAGAAUAUAGGUGACUGGUCAUGUUAAAGAUGUGUUGUAGGUGUUCUUGAAUAUCUUCUUUCAAGCUUUGCUCAACGCCUUUACGAGCGUUAUGAAAAAGUACAUUCCAUUGUUGUCAGCAUACUUUUUUUUUUUCCACCAAGACAGACACUUUUGACGUCUUCCUUUGUCAGUGCUACUCGUUUAUUAUUGUACUGCAGUGCUUCUGUUCUGUGUGUGCUACAAGAGUCUGUAUAUUUGCAAGUUUUAGCUACAGCCGAUUGCUGCGCAUGGAAAUAGCGAACUUUUCUUUUUGUGCUCUCAACACACACUUGCAUGCAGACUUUUUAGCCGGUGAUGUACAUAGACACCCCCCAUCAGAUAGUUCCUUUUGCCGCUUUUCGGUUUCCUGGCCUCUACCGUCACUGCACUGUCCACGAAACAAUUUAGUGACCCAAGUUUAUUGUAUUUAUUUCAGAAGUUGUGAACUUUAUUUGAUGAAAUAAAUAUUUUAAGUCGCUUA